AUGGCUAGCGGUGAAGUAAUUGAAUUGCGCGUCAAUAUCGAGGCAGGUGAACUGCCCGUUCGUCUAUUAUGUUCAAUGCUCAGAUUUACAUUUCCAUUACUAGUAAAAUUCAAAUCUCGUUUUCGUUAUUGGCGUAUAAUUCGCAUUAAUUACAGAAAAGUAAACUUAAUUGUUACAUUUGUGCAGCGGAAUUGUGCAUUAGAGAAUCACGUUUAUAUUGGAGACAAAAUAUUAGCAAUUAACAAUCGUUCAAUAAGCAAUCGUCAGGCUUUCUACCAUCGAGGAGAAAAAAUUAAGCGUGAACAAUACGUACACGACAAAAGUAUUAUCAAACAGAGUGGUUUCAUUUAUCUCAGAGUGAAACUAACGCUGCAAAACUCAGCAGGAAAGCUUGGCUUGGGCCUCGUGGCGCAACGGAUAACGCGUCGGUCUACGGAACCGAAGAUUGCAGGUUCGAAUCCUGCCGAGCAAGUGAAAAAUGGUCAGAAUGGUGGUGUAUAUGUAACACAUGUAGAACAAGAAAUGUCAGCAGCUGAAUGCUUGUUGGUUGGCGAUAGAAUAUUAUUAGUUGAAGAAGAAACUAUUAACGACAAAAAAAUGGCAAAAAAAGCUAUUCUAAAUGCAUUACGUUCAGGAAAUGUUACAUUAGUUGUGGAACGUCCUGAUUCCAUUGAAGCCCGUAAUGUUGCAGCAGAAGUGCUUGCUGUACGAACUCCACCACACAGUGAUAAACAUUAA